GGUUUAUUAAAGAAAUGAAGCGAGUGAGCAGUCUUCAAUAUGUUGUCGCUGCAGUUGAACGCAAGAAGACAGGCCUCGUGGCAGAUCUAUCAGCUGUAUAGGAAUGUGGCCAGCAAAACUUCUACAGCUGUGGAAACGAUUAGCUUGGAGCAGGCUAAGCCCUAUUCGGAGGUGCCGGGUCCAACUAAGUUCCACAUGAUAAGAGCUUUUAUGCCGGGCGGCCGCUACCAAAAUGUGCCCACCCAUGAAAUGUUUCUGGAUUUGAGUCGCCAGUAUGGAGGGCUCUUUCGCUUGCCCAGCCUUGCGGGCACCGACAUGGUCUUGACCAUGAACCCCCCAGACUAUGCGAAGGUCUUCCGCAACGAGGGCCAGUGGCCACACAGACGAAACUUCACCACUGUCGAAUACUUCAGAAAGAAGCGCAGGCCAGAGGUGUUUGGGGAGUACGACGGCUUGGUCUCUGGGAAUGGUCCUGCUUGGGGCAAGUUGCGAACGGCUGUAAAUCCGAUCCUGCUGCAGCCCCGCAAUGCCAAGUUGUACCUGAAGAACCUCGUGCAGGUCAGCGAUGAGUUUCUGGAACGCAUUCGCCUCAUCCGCGAUCCGGUUAGCCAGGAAAUGCCUGAUGACUUUACCGAGGACAUUCGCAACUUGGUAAUCGAAUCCAUAGGCUCGGUGGCUCUCAACACCCAUCUGGGUCUGCUGGGCGAGAACCGCGACAGCCAGGAGGCCAAGCAGCUAAAAGCUGCCCUGCAAGACGUCACCGAGCUGGGCUUCCAGCUGGACAUGCUGCCGCCCAUCUGGAAGUAUCUGCCAGUGCCAAAGUUCACGCGACUGAUGCGCUCCCUGGACACCAUCACGGACUUCUGUUGCGUUCACAUUGAGGAGGCGCUGAAGCGCAUCGAGGAGGAUGUCAAGGCUGGUAAAAUUUCCUCGGAUGUGGGAUUGGAGGCAAGUCUGCUGGAGAAGUUAGCUCGCUUCGAUCGCCAAGCUGCCAUCAUCAUUGCCAUGGACUUUCUCUUUGCUGGCGCAGAUCCGACCCUCGUCAGCCUGGGUGGCAUUCUGCUUAGUCUGGCCAAGAACCCCGACAAGCAGGCUCGACUUCUCGAGGAGCUCAAGCCGAUACUGCCGGCCAAGGAUUCGCCCCUGAACAUGGAGAACAUGAGCAGUCUGCCCUAUCUGCGGGCCUGCAUCAAGGAGGGCAUUCGCCUCUAUCCCAUUGGACCGGGCACCGUGCGCCGCAUGCCCCACGACGUGGUACUCAGUGGCUAUCGCAUCGUCGCAGGCACCGAUGUGGCCAUAGCGGCCAACUAUCAGAUGGCCAACUUGGAGAAGUAUGUACCCAGGGUGCGGGAGUUCCUGCCCGAGCGCUGGCUGCGUGACGAGUCCAGCUCGAGGCUGGUAGGAGAGACGGCCACUCCCUUCAUGUAUCUGCCCUUUGGCUUCGGGCCGCGGGCCUGCGCCGGCAAGCGGAUCGUGGACAUGAUGCUGGAGAUAGCCGUCGCCCGGCUGGUGAGGAACUUUGAGAUUGGCUUCGACUAUCCCAUUGAGAAUGCCUUCAAGACUCAUUUCUUUGUUCAGCCGAAUAUUCCCUUCAAGUUUAAGUUUGUGGACCGCAAGGAGGAGUAAUGAAGGGGGGGAUGCGGAUACAUAUAAGAAUGGAAUGACCAAAUAAAUGCACUUCACAGACA